UUCAAGGAAGGAAAUGUUCCCACUUGGAUCCCUAGUGCCCAAGUGAAACUCCUCACAAGCAGUCUUUUCCCCACUUCUGCCCAGGUCUGGAAAUCCAGAAAACUUGCUCCAAGGGGGACAUCCCUCUGAGCCAGGCCAGCAUCCACCUUGUCCCCCUGAGCAGGCCUCUUAUUCCUGUGGGCCUUGUGCAGACGGUUCUCUUGCUCCCAAAGCCUGACUUCCAGCCCAGAGGGUCAAGAUCAGAUAAAGCUCACAAAGACCCAGAGAAAGAACUGUCCUGCUCUCUCAGCAGCCUUCCCCACUUCCCUCCUGGAGCUUCUUCUGGAUGCUCUCCCAAAGCUUUGCCGGCAUCUUCUCUGAGCUCUCUACCCCUAUCCCGUGUCCUCCCCCAGGACCCCAGAGCAGCUGCAGCCUCAGGUUUUUUCCCUUUUAAGGCCCUGGAUCGAAAUGUCACCGUCACCCCCUUGGGCCUGGGGGAAUCCUCCUGGCUUAGAUUCCAGCUCUGAGAACUAUUCUAGCCCAAGUCCUCCCCAAAGGACAGGGCUAAAGACAGGCUCUGAUGACUGAGGUCAGAUGUGCCCAGAAGGAUGGGGAGGAAGGGAGGGAGACAGGAAUAUGAGAACUUGGAGAAGAGCGGGAUGAGGUGGUGGGGAACAUCAGCCUUGGACAUUGAGGAUGGGGCGGGAGGGGGCUCGGACAUGGGGGGAAGCACACACUUUGGCCAACUUUUCCCUGGCCUCACAUAAGUCCCAAAUCUUCCAAGCAGGUCAAAAUUGGGGAAGUCUAGGGACAGCCAAACCUCCUCUGACUCACAGGGAGAAGUCCUUGGGGGAAGGUAAAGCCCACUGAGUCAUCUUCCAGAUGUUUUGAACACAGGUCAUUUGCCUAAUAAUGAAGCCCAGCAAAGCACCAUCCUCUGAGGGGAGGUAGCUUGUCUUGGAGAACUGGAUGGAUGGCUUGGGAUACCUUGCCCUUAUCUGAAUAACAACUUUAUCUCCUGUUUGCCCCCAUUGGCCUAAUUUGAGGUGCCCAAUAUUUUCCUAUUUCAGAGUCAGGCCUGGCCCUAAUCCUUUCUAGAAAUGGGUAAGGAUAUGUUUGCGUGAUAAUAUAUUUAUAACCCAGAGUGAAUUGCUUGUCAGCUCCAGGAGUGGGGAGGAAAGAAGGAAGGGAGAAUUUAUGUAGAAAUUUAUUAUUAAAAUAAAAAAUUAGAAAUGGGUAAAAGGAUAGCCCAGUGGAUUGAGAACCAGGGUCCUUGGUUCAAAUGUAGCUUCAGACACUACCUAGCUUUGUAACCCUGGGCAAAUCACUUAGCCCCCAUUGCCUAGCCCUUACUGCUCUUCUGUCUUGGAACCAAUAUACAGUAUUGAUUCUAAAUUGAUUCUAAGACAGGAGGGAAGGAGAAAGAAAUAAAGAAAGGAAGGAAGGAAGGAAGGAAGGAAGGAAGGAAGGAAGGAAGGAAGGAAGGAAGGAAGGAAGGAAGGAAGGAAGGAAGAAAGGAAGAAAGAAAGGAAGGAAGGAAGGAAGGAAGGAAGGAAGGAAGGAAGGAAGGAAGGAAGGAAGGAAGGAAGGAAGGAAGGAAGGAAGGAAGAAAGGAAGAAAGAAAGAAAGGAAGGAAGGAAGGAAGGAAGGAAGGAAGAAAGAAAGAAAGAAAGAGAGAGAGAGAGAGAGAGAGAGAGAGAGAGAGAGAAAGAAAGAAAGAAAGAAAGAAAGAAAGAAAGAAAGAAAGAAAGAAAGAAAGAAAGAAAGAAAGAAAGAAAGAAAGAAAGAAAGAAAGAAAGAAAGAAAGAAAGAAAGAAAGAAAGAAAGAGAGAAAGAGAGAAAGAGAGAAAGAGAGAAAGAAACUAAAGAAAAGAAUGAGACAAUUCCAUUUAUUGCUUCAGUCCCUGCCAGGAUCUUCAUUACCUUCAUUACCUCCUACCCUUCCCUACCUCACCUAGCCACCUAGCACCCUUCAGCACAAACCAGAAUCUGAAGAAGUCCCUCCUGCUUUCCAGUGGACACAAGCUCUAGAUUUAGGGUUCAGGAGACCUGGGUUCAAAUGAUAAUCCAGACAUUUACUAGCUCCCUGGGCUAAAGAAAAGGAAGCUUAGAGGGGCAGUUAUAAAGGCUGUCCUCAAGUAUACAUGGAAGCAAAGUUUGUCUUUUCCUGGCUCUAGAGGACAGAACUAAAAAGUUGCAGAAGCAUUUUUCUGCUUGAGGUAAGAAAACACUUCGUAGGAAUUAGAACUAUCAAGAAAAAAAAUGAAAUGAGCCAUCUUGGGAGAGAAUGGGUUCUGCCCCACCACAUGUCUACUAAGCAGAAGUGAGAAGAUGUCUUAUACAAAAUAUUGUAGAGGAUUCCUUCUCAGUCAUGGGAUCAGACUGGAUGACCUCUGAGGUCUCUUUCAAAGUUGAGAUUCUGUGAUUUGAUCUCACCAAACCUCAUUUUCCUCAUCUAUAAAAUGGGCACAGUAAGACUUAUGAUACUUCUCUCACCAAGCUGUUGUGGGGAAAAGAAUGUAUAAACAUUGAGGGGCUAAAUAAAUAUCAUUAUUGUUAAGAAGGCAAAAUCACAGAGUCCAAUGGCUUCUAGUAAGCCAUCCAAAAAAUAUUGUGCAUGUCAACCUCCAAAGAUGUCCCCCCUGGGGAAGGGGUCAUUCCCGGCCCCCCUGCAGCUGCUGGUCUUGGCAAGGAAGGGUCCCAUGGGAAGAAAUAUUUAAACUUCUGCUGACUGCACUCCCUGUCUGUCCAGUGCUAAGUGAAGAAGCAGCCACUACCACAGGGAAGUGUGAGGUGUGAGUCUGGGAGCUGAAGAUCCAGAGGACCUAAGUGUGGAACCUCCAGGUACAAGUCAGAGUCCUAGGCCACUGGGAAGCAGCUCAAAAGGUAAAGCAUCCAAAAAGCUAGGGUUCAUAUCUCCACUGGGAUGAGGCUGACCUACUCAUCACCACCAUCCUUAGGGUGGGUAACAGAGGGAGGAAGUGGGGAAUGGAGGAAAAAGAGAAAGAGGAGACAAAUGGGGAGUGGGUUAGAGAUGAAAGGAGUUGCUUAACUGCUGACUUGGGCACUGAAAACAGGUAGGAAGGGAGGGCAAUUUUAAGACACACACUAGAGUAUUAUCCUAGGGCUGGCAGGCUGCAGCAACAACCUUCACAUCUGGUGAGCCGACUUUCCUUGCUCACAGGGUCUGGUUACCCUUUGAAAAGAUUCUAUGGACUAAAACUUUUAUCGGCAAAACAGGGUUCCAAGAUUACCCCAACAGAUUCAUAAUUAAAAAAAAAUAUUCUCCCCAGCCAAAGAAGGAACCAUUGUAGUCCAAUUGCAGAUCAAAGCAUAUCAUCUUCUGCUUUUAUUUCCUUCAUGAGUUUUUUAUUUAUAAGUCAUAUGUGUCUUCAGUUAUGACAUGGGGAUUAUCGAAAUACAUAUGGUAUGAAAACACUGUAUAAUCUACCUAUGUCAGAUUAUUUACCACUUCAAGUUGAGGAAGAAGGAGGGAGGGAGAGAAUCUGAAUCCCAAAAUGUCUGAAAAUGAUUGUCAAAAAAUUUUUAAUUAAAAAAAAUUUUAAUUAAAAAAAAAGUAAGGGGAAAAGAGGGGGGGAAGAAAGUCCUAUGCUGAGAGUGAAGAGAUCUGGGUUCUAGAGAUGGCUCCUUCAUUGACUAAGUGACCUUGGGCAAGUCAUGAGAAUGGGAGGGAGAUGGAGAUACCUAGAUCCUGAGGUCAGAGCCUAGGCCCAUUAACUAGAGGUCAGGACUCAAGAUAAAAGCUACUGAAGUGGUCAGCAAGUCACCUGUUUGAACCUUACUUUUGCCUUCUGUAAAAUAGACAUCAAAAUCCCAGCUACACAAGGCUGUUUCAAUGAACUGUGUAUGUUAAAAUGCUUUGUGCUUUUAAACCUAACAUACUUGUGGAUUCUUUUUAUUAUUCUUAAAAUUAAGACUCUUAAGGGCAGGGAGGAUCUGCCAUAGUCUUUCUUCAGCACCUGAUCCAGUCUGCCUCCCAAGAAGGUCUUUCUUUUCUGCUGCUUUGGUGCCAAGCCAUUUCCCAAUAGCUAAAGCCCAGUGGCCAAAGCUGUUAAUGAGCCCCUUCUCACUGCACUCCUCUACCCCAGGGGACCUGAGAUCAAAUCCCAAUUUACUACCUACAUGACCUUGGGCAAACCAGUUAAAUUAACUGGACCUCAGUUUCCUUAUCUCCAAAACAAAGACGGUUGGACUCUUCUAAUGGAUUCUUGUAGUGAAUAAAACUAUAUAAAGACUCAUCAGACUGUCCCUGGGAACAAAAGGGGUAUUGCCAAAUCAGCAGAGCUUCCCUGACCCCUCUGAGUCAUCAAAGUUGAAAGGGAGACAGGGGUGAGGAUAGAGUCAGCUGGCAGCUCUGCUCCUCCCUUCUGAGAUAUUCUGAGAGACUGAGAAAAGCCUGUGGGUAAUAUAAUCCAAUACAUCUGCCUAGAAGCAAGAAGCAAGAAGCACUCAACUAGGUUUUCCAGUACCCAAAGGAUUUGAAGGAGGUGCUUCUCCAGCAAGGAGCACACACCUAGGCACAGAGAUGAGUGGGAUGUUUCCCCUUUAGUCUUUUCCUUAGUGGGAAAUGGGGUAGAGGUAGAGGUAGAGUGUAGAGGUGAGCAAGGUGAGUAUAUAUACCUAAAUUCCCACAGCCACCUGGGUACCAAGUAGGGUUACACUUCCAACUUAAUUCCAGUUUCAGAUUUUUCUGAAGGAAAAAGCUAGACGCCAAAUGCCUCUGGACUAGUUGAACAUUUUCAGCUCUGGGAUUAGAAUGACUGAACUAUUUAGCACUUUGAGAUCUCUGUCCCAGAUCUUAGUCUGGGGUCUCCUUGGAGGACUAGGGAACCUCUCUUUUUGCUCUCUUCAAUCAAAAGUGUCUAUCCCUACUUUUGUCCACUAAGGCAAACUAUUUUCUCUUCCUUUUGCUAAUGCCCAGUGUACCUCCCAUAAGUUGACACCUUCCACCUUAAAUCAUUUGGGCCAAAGAAAGGCAUCUGCACCCCAUCUCCCUUUGCAUGUUUUUUGUCUUCCUCCUUGAUAAGUGGGCCAGGCCAUGCACAUUACCCCCAGGGCUCCUCUAACCCUCUCCUAUCUCCAAAGGAAGGAAGAAAAGCAGUGGGCUGCCCCCAGCACCUUCUACAUCUCCUCUUGGGCAAGAUUUGUAUCCCCACUAAAGUUUUAUAAUUGGACAGCUUGGAGCUCCUACUAAUUCCUACUUUGAGCAAAUAGAAGCCCCCAAAAUGAAUACAUGGGCCAGUGGGGGAAAUGGGCCAUGUCCUGGGUCAGAAAAGAGGAACAAGGGAGAGGCUAGAGUCCAGGGGCCAGACCUAGCCUUCCUGAUCUGACCAGUGGUUCUUAACACAAACCACUAACAUGUAUCCCCCUAUGUUGCCUCCUCCAUCCAUGUUCUCCUUACUUCCACUCCCUUACCCCACUUAUUCAGCUAUGGCCUAUCAUUUUUCUACUUAGAGGCCUCCUUUUCUUAUCUGGCCUUCUUUUCCAAAUCUGACUCCCCUCCCCUUGUUUCCACAGGGCUAUCCUCCUCAUUACCAUGACGACAACAAUACAGCAGCAGAUGGUGAAGGAGCAUGUAUCCAUGGAGUUUUCCAGCUCCACCACCAGUGUACAGACUUUCUCUCAAACCACCAAGGUCAUGGGAGAGCAAAUUACAUCUCAGAAGUCUUCCAGCCAUACAGAAUUCUUUAGUCUGAUUACUCGAAGCUCAGAAGUCCCUGCAGGUGAAAGCGUCCCUGAGUUUGUGGAGAAGCCUAGCCCUGUUACAUCACCAGAGGGUGACAAGGCUGUAUUCCGAGCCCGAGUGCAGGGCAAUCCCAAGCCCAAUGUCUCGUGGAAAAGGGAGAGUGGUAUUCCCAUCAAGGAAAGUGCCAAAAUAUUCUAUGACAGCAUCAAUAAGGAGUAUGUGCUAAAGCUAGAGCCACUAUCAUCUGACGAUGCAGACAACUAUAAGUGCAUUGCAAGCAAUGAGCACGCUGAUGCCGUCUACACCGUGUCCCUAACAGUGUCAGAAAGCCAAGAAAAGAUGGAUUUCAAAAAGAUGCUGAAGAAGAGGGGCCCCCCUGCUCCCAAGAAGCAGCAGAAGAAAGUGACAGAUGAGAAAGAGAUGCUGGAGAUCUUGUCAAAGGUGCCUAAGAAGGACUUUGAGAAGGUCUGCAUGGAAUAUGGAUUCAGAGACUUCCGAGGACUGCUCAAAAAGCUCAAGGAGAUGAAAAAGAAGGUAGAAGUGGAGGCAAUUCGAAUCAUAAAACCCCUGGAAGAUGUGGAAGCCAAAGUGGAUAGCACGGUGACCUUUGACUGCAUAAUGGAAUUGAAGGACCCCAACACAAAGAUGAUUUGGAUUAAGGGAAUGGAACCUCUGAGGAUCCAGUACUCCCUGGGCAAGUAUGAUGUGAAGCAGGUGGGUACCAAGUACAUGCUGAUCAUCACCAACGUGAACAUGAAUGACGCUGGCAUCUACACACUGGCUGUGGGAGACAAGCGGCUAAGUGCUGAGCUCAUUGUUCUGGAUGAGCCCCUGAAGUUCAUAGGAGAGAUGAAGCCACUGAAAGUAACAGAGCGCCAGACAGCAGUGUUCGAGAUCCGCCUGUCCAAGAAGGUGCCCAACUUUGUAUGGAAGUUCAAUGGGAAGGAGCUGAAACGGGAUGACAAAUAUGAGAUCUCUGUGUCUGAGGAUGGGCUGACCCACACACUCAAGAUCAAGGAUGCAAGGCUCAGUGACAGUGGAGAAUUCUCUGUUGAGGCUGGAGACCUGGUUCAGAAGGCCCCUCUCACCAUUGACCGCAUUCCCAUCAAGUUUGUGAGCACCCUAAAGAAUGCUCGUGUAAAGGAAAGAAGUCGGGCCUGCCUGGAGUGUGAGCUGACAUCCAAGGAUGUGACCUUGCGCUGGAAGAAGGAUGGGAAGCUGCUAGAGCGUGGGACUAAGUACAGUAUGAGCCAUGAAGGCAAAAGGGCAGAGCUAGUGAUUGAGGAUGCACAGCUCAGUGAUGGAGGCGAGUACACCGUGGUGGCUAUGCAGGAUGGGGACCCCACAGAGUACUACAGCACUGCCAUCCUGACUGUAGAGGAGCGCUUGGCUACAGUGAAGAGUGGGAUGUCUGAUGUACAUGCAGCCACCGGUAGCCCAGCAGAACUGUGUGUGGUGCUGAACGAUGAAAAGGUGGAAGGAGUUUGGCUAAAGGAUGGCAAAGAGAUCACAGAUUUCAGUGGGGUACAGAUUGUGAAGCAGGGAGCAGUCCAUAAACUCAUCUUCCCCAACAUGGGCCCAGAACAUGAGGGCAAGUACACAUUCCGGGCCAAAGGUGCAGAGAGUGAAGCUUCUGUCUUCAUCGCAGACCCACCUACAAUUGACCCAUCAGUGCUGGAGGCACUGGCUGCACAUCCUGUUACUGUGAAGGUUGGCCAAACAGCCAACAUCAAGGUUCCAUUCCGGGCCAAGCCAUUGCCCAAGGCGACAUGGUACAAGGAUGGGGUAGAGGUGACAGAAGAGGAGCGCGUGACCAUGGAGAGGGGGGACGAUCAAGCACUGCUGACGAUUUCCAAUUGUGUUCGUGAGGACAGUGGUGUCGUUCUUCUCAAGCUCAAGAAUGACCAUGGUUCUGCCACAGCCACACUGCACCUGAAUGUGCUUGAUCGGCCCAAGCCUCCUCAGGGUCGUGUGGAGUUCCUGGAACUCUCUGGCAACUGUGUCCAUAUGAAGUGGAAGGCCCCAAAGGACAAUGGAGGUCGGCCAGUGACACAGUUCAUUAUAGAACGAAGAGCAGUUGGGAAGAAAUCCUGGACCAAAGUUGGGGAGGUCAGUGGUAAAGUGACCAACUUCUCCACCAACAAAGUAGAAGAGGGGAAGGCUUAUCAGUUCCGAAUCCGAGCUGUUAAUUCUGAGGGUGUGAGUGACCCACUGGAGACUGAAGAGGUCUUUGCAGGAAACCCCAUUGAGCCCCCUGGCCUGUCCUCUCAGCCACAGGUUUCAGAUGUGACCAAAGAAGCAGUUACCAUCACAUGGAACCCACCAACCCAAGAUGGUGGAUCCCCAGUACUUGGCUACAUUGUAGAAAGAAGGAAGAAGGGGAGCAACCUAUGGGUACCAGUCAACAAGGAUCCCAUCCAGGACACCAAGUGCAAAGUGGAUGGUCUCCUAGAGGACACUGAAUAUGAGUUCCGGGUAAUUGCUGUGAAUCGAGCAGGACAAGGACAACCAAGUAUGCCCUCCACUUCUGUGGUGGCCAAAGAUCCCAUAAAACCCCCAGGACUGGUUCAGGGUUUACAUGUGGCUGACUCCUCAAACUCCAGUAUCUCCUUGGCCUGGAGGGAGCCUAUUGAGGGGGACCCUCCCUCUGGUUACAUCCUUGAGAUGAGGGCAGAAGACACAAAGGAAUGGUCUAAGUGCACAAAGAUCCCCAUCUCAGGCACCUGUUACACAGUGGGUGGUCUGACAGAGCGGCAAAAAUACUUCUUCCGUAUCCGAGCUGUGAAUGAAGGUGGUGUUGGGGAGCCUGUUGAGCUGGAUGAGGGUGUCCGGGCCAUGCCUCCACCAGCGGCUCCCAGGUUUGAUCUCAGUGCCCGGCUAAAGAGUCACAUGGUGGUGAGGGCUGGGACUGCCCUGUGUAUCCAUGCUUCCUUCUAUGGCUCCCCUCCACCCACUGUGAUCUGGCAAAAGGAUGGAAUCCCCACCAAGGGCCGAGAAACCAUCACCAAGGGCAAGAAUCACUCCCAGUUCCUCAUCAAUAGCACCAAGCGCUCAGACUCCGGGGUUUACCGCAUCUUGCUCCGGAAUGAGUACGGAGAGGCCCACUAUGAUAUCCACGUCCGUGUGGCAGAUUUCCCACGGCCACCAACAAACCUGAAGUUGUUUGAGGAAGUGCCAAACACCGUGACCCUGGGCUGGGACCACAGUCCAGAUGUACAGGAAGAUGGUGAGGCACACUAUGUCAUCAUGAAGAGGGACGCCAGCACUGCUACCUGGUUCACGGCUGCCGAUCGAGUCUUCAGCAACAAGUACACUGUCACGGGGCUCCUGCCAGGGAGAAAAUACUACUUCCGAGUCCUGGCCCGGAAUGAGAUUGGGGACAGUGAUCCACUUGACUCAAAGGAUACAUGGCUGGUCAACAAGGAUGAGAUUGAGGACCUCGGUGCCAAACUACGUCCAUAUGAGCACAAGGACUGGCGCCAUGCCCCUCGCUUCAUCACACCACUGAAACCCCAUACUGUGCUACGAGGACACGACUGCACCAUGAGCUGCGCUUUUCUGGGGAACCCACGCCCCACAGUAACUCUGUACAAGGGGGAUGUCAACAUCACUGCCAACUCCAAGUUCUGGUAUAACUCCACCAGUGGAGUUUGCACUCUUGUCAUCCCCACCUGCACCCUCAAAGACAGCGGUGACUAUAGCGUGCUCAUUGAAAAUGAGCUGGGCAAGGACAAAAGCAGCUGUACACUGACUGUCUAUGACAAAGAUGACAAAUCCAUCCUGGCAUCUGUAACUGAGAGUCUACAGAAAAAAUCAAAGCAUCUCAUGUGAAGCCUAGUCCAACUGCUCUAUAGCCAAGAUAACAACGUUGGAGUUGGAAAGCCUGCCCCUUCAAAGGAAAGUGCACACAUACCUCUAUGACCCUGACAGUAGAGCCCUUGGUUAGGGGUAAUUCUGAAGCAAUAAACAAUAGCCCCUGCGACUUCACCUCCAGCCUGAUUCUAAAGUUCAGGAGAGGGGAAAACAGUGAAGAUUUAUUUAACCCCUGCUCCAAGCAGUAGAGUAAGGAAAGCAUCUAUCUGGCCUUGUUCCUAUGGCAGCCUCUUCUCAUCCAGUUUCAUUAUAUUUGCAGCCCACACGUGAAUUAAACAAACCCCACCCCUGUCAUCCUCUACUCUGUUAUCUAGAAAGGGUCAGUUUUAAGUAUUCAUAUAGAUUAAACUAUGUCUCCCUACACCCAUAACAACACCUGGAAUUCUCAGCGUACAGAAUCCAUACUUUUAAGAUGAAGCAUUGUUCUAUUAAAAUGCUAUUAUUAGGCUUGAAUAA